CGCUGGCUUGUUUUGGCCGUUUGUUUCGAUAUCCGGCGAUCAUACGCUUUCGAUGUGCUGGAUAUUGUGACUGAGAGGUUCCUGUGUGUGUGCAUGGGUGUUUGUGUGAGAGAGAGACGGUGGACGACUCAGGGAGUCUGUGUGUCUUAUCAUGGCUGACGUGUCCAGUGAUGAUGAUGUCAUCCACCUGGCUAGUUUCAACACCCAUCGCAGUCGAGCUAAAAGAGUUAGGACGAAGACGUCCUACAUAACCAUAUCCUCAUCGUCGGAGUCUGAUGACGAACCUGUCAAAUUCGUACCAAAUGUCCCUGUCGUGGUCAAGGAUGAUGAAGAGGAGGAGGAUGUGCGCAUCUUAGAGGCCCUCGAUGAUUCAGUCCCAGAGAUAUGGAGAUCUCAAUGCAGCUCCAUGAGUAAACUGCCACAGCCCUCACCUCAUCGUGAGCUGAUCCGACCUGCUGCCAAGUGGGGUGCGAGCACCUUCCCAAGCCAGGCAUCUGGAUCCAACAGCCAUCCUACCAGCGCACACACUCAUCAUCCUUCUGUAGUCACCGCACAUCCUGCAUUAGGAAACCAAGCCAUAGGUGUCUUAACCACGGACCAGAAUGCUGUACCCUCGACAUCUAGAGAAAAUGCCUUGCACAGACCUCCAAUGCCUGUUAAGGACUCACUGCCCCUUCCUAAGGACCCUUCAGCCAGUGCACACUCGGUGAAUCAGGCCAGUUUGUUUUUUUCAGCUCCACCCACCACUGAAUCAGGUCAGUCAGACUUGGGCAACAAAAUUGAAGUGGUUGUCUGGCCGAGAACUGAAAGGACCACACAAAGGCCUCGGACACCACAGGAGACUGUGCUAGUAGACGUCAGGCGAGAUGAGCAGCCGGCGGCCCCUCUCUCUCCUGCACGUUUCCCUGCACUGGCAGACAAUGAGAGGCCUGGACCGUCAGCACCCAGAGAACCCGUAAUACAGCAGAACCCUGGCCGGACGUCCCUUGAUAUUGAUAUGCUGGUGAAGGGGGUGAUGGACCUUUUCCCCGAUGUGCAAGACGCAUAUGUAGCAGAACUGAUAGAGAGAGGUGACCUGAAAGAUUUAAAUGUAAUAUGCAAUAUAUUAUUGGAAAACCCUGAUUAUCCGAAGAAAGCAAACUCAGUUGUGACACAAAGCAGUGUUCUUCUUGAGACGAAUGAUUCUGAGACGCAGGAAAGUGAGAAUUAUUUUGAUUAUGUCAAACUAAAGACUGUUGGCCCAGAGGUCGUCAUUCAAGCUGCAGACAUGCUGAUGGGUGACUUCAGAAUGUUGAGCUGUCAGGAUAUCAAGUGGGCCCUGAAUUGCCUCAAAGGACACUAUGCAAUCACCCGAAAGGCCUUAUUCGAAGCCCUCAAGAAGUGGCAAGAGAACUCCACUGACCCCUCAGGGAAGAAGAAGAGAAGGAGAGAGCCAAAUGAGCGCGCCUUCAUAGACUUCAAGUUUGAGCAGGGUUCUUUUAAACUGGAGAGAAAGAUGUAUUUUUUGGAGAAGAAUCGCAGAUGGAGCCGCGGUAACGAGACUACACUGGAGCCGUCGCUCUUGAAAGAGCUGCAGUUUUACGAGCAGAAAGCCAAGGAAAUGGCUGAGCAUGAAGAUUUCCUAUUGGCUUUGCAAGUGAAUGAAGAGCAGUAUCAAAAGGACGGCCAGUUGAUUGAGUGUGGCUGCUGCUGUGGGGAGUUUGCCUUCGAGGAGAUGACCCAGUGUACAGAUGGCCAUUUGUUCUGCAAGGAGUGUCUGGUGAAAUACGCCCAGGAGGCAGUUUUUGGCUCAGGACGGUCGGAGUUGAGUUGUAUGGAUGGGAGCUGCACCUGUUCCUUCCCUACGAGUGAGCUGGAGAAAGUUUUACCUGAAAACAUUCUGUACAAAUAUUACGAGCGACAGGCAGAGGAGGCCGUAGCCGCCACCUGUGCUGAUGAACUGGUCAGGUGUCCAUUUUGUAACUUCCCAGCACUGCUGGAUAAAGACAUUUCUCUGUUCAGUUGCCCAAACCCACGCUGCAGAAAGGAGAGUUGCAGGAAGUGCCAUGUGGUGUGGAAGGAGCACGCGGGAAAGACCUGCGAGCAGGUGCUGGAGAGGGACGAGAUCCGGCUGCGCGUGGCUUUUGAGGAAAAGAUGACUGCUGCCCGUGUCAGGAAGUGCCACAAGUGUGCCACAGGUCUAGUGAAGUCGGAGGGCUGUAACCGGAUGUCGUGUCGCUGCGGCGCCUUCAUGUGCUACCUCUGCCGGGAGCCUAUUAACGGCUACAACCACUUCUGCCAGCACGCUCGCUCGCCUGGUGCCCCCUGCCGACACUGCAAGAAGUGCUCGCUGUGGACAGACCCCACGGUAAAUGACACACUACACUUCAGAUUUCACGUCUUUUGUUUGGAGAGAGGCUCCUUUCAUGCUCAACGUUAGCGUGCGAUCAUCCUUGAA